AUGAACGCAAAGCACAGAUCACAUAGCUGUAGAGAUUCACGUGCCUCAGUUUACGCCUCCCGGAACUCUGCUCGCGAGUGUAACGAGAAUUUGCUUAUGAGGCCACAUACUAAUAGCCCUAACGAUUCAGUAGACGUAGUAUCGAAAAGUGCAACAAAACCACUAACGGGCUGCAUCGAAGCCCAGCAACAGUGUGAAACACGAAGCAAUUCAUCGACUCCAGACCGCGACGCAUCAACCACCGAUUCCGCCCGAAGCCGAUCUCUUAAUUCGAUAUCUUCGCGUAUGGCUACCAAUAGGUUAGGGGAAGGUGUCGAGAAUUUGAACCAUUUUCCCGAACCUAGUGACGUCGGUAGCAGCUUUGAUGUCCUGUUGCCAAACUGUAUUGUGCAACAGGAGCAAGCGUACGGUGAGGAUAUUAAAACGGAAAGGCAGAAUAUAUGCUCUAGGACGAUACAUUCCAGUCCGGUUGGAAAAGCUCGGUGCCGCCGGUACAGUCAGGAUUCGGGUGUUCCCGUCUACGAGCGGCUGUCCGUUGCGGGUUUCGCAAAAAAUGGCAUGCUCAGCGAUAGUUGCCAAAACGUUAAGAUGGCCUACCAACAUCACCAAGCGCUCAUGCGACAUAGUACGGACAAUUUGAGGUCUAUUAAUAACCACCAGGGUACCAUCACCGGAGAGCUCUAUCACAAACGCGAAGCCGUCGAAAUGGCAGCAGUUGGCGUUGGUACAGGAGUGAGCAAUGAACUGGCCAAUCACGGGAAGACAAAAUACUUCAUGCAUCGCAUGACGGCCCAAGACUUGGGAAGCGGUCUCGAACCAUCUUCCUCCCAGGACAGUACAGCCUCACCGAGUUCCACAAUUCUACCGAAGUCGGUAGACAUCGUGGUGGAAACGGAAACGACCCCCACGAACGGUUACACGGCAAUGGGAAAUGGGAACGUUUCGAGCGCAAGUCCUAAGGACACAAGCUUCAUUGAUAAAUUACCGCCGCUCGAAGACAUUAUGGAAAGCCCUAUGCUUAAAACGCCGGUCGAGAAAUGGCUCCAGACCGAGGAUCGGUUGUCCCGCGAAGAAGUCGUUCCUCCCUAUGGCCCCGAGGAGCCAAGCCGUAGUCCCGACCUUUACAGCAAUCUCUUCGGUCCGAAGAUAAGUGCCAGUGAAAACAUUCCUGGCACACCAAUGGAUACACCGGACAUCGUUUCCGAGUUCAACAAAAGCUUCAAUUCGAGCACAACGAGCAUCAUCAACGAGCGGCGACGAUCGUCCUCGAAAUUGCUUGGUCCUGCUGUUGACCGUGAUCCUGCCACGGCCGGAGGAACGCACAGUUCGCUCAACGACCAAUCGACGGGUGGUACUGCUCAGGGUGGCCAAAACUACGCGGUGGAUAAAAACAAUACCCUUGGGAAGGGAAGCCUGCGAAAUCUGCUCAAACUACGCAAGGCAUCCGACCAGUCCCAGGACACUAGGCGUUCUAGCCAACAGGAUAAAGAGGGACUGGAUCCAGAGUCGCUUAUGUUUCGCGAUGGACGUCGAAAGAUUGACAUGAUUCUCUGCUACGAAGAGGACGAUCAAGGUGUAAUGACCGAGCUGGAAGCGCUCAAACGUCACCAACGUAAACUGUUUCAGGAAAAUCUCAUUCGCGAGGGUCUAGAGUUUGAGGUAGAGGACAAAGCACAAGCCUUCGAUGGUAAAACGUUUUUUGUUAAAAUUCACAUUCCCUGGCGAACGGAGUCACGCUAUGCGGAAGUGAUGAAUUUGAAGCUGCCUGUAAAACGAUUCAUUACCAUCAGUGUUAAGGAAGAGGAAACUGCACUACGUCGACAGCAGAACAAAAUUUUAAGCUACUGGAACCGACUGAUGUCCAUGACCGAGUACAACCAUGGCCGUAUUGAGAAGGAACCAUCUUUCUACUCGGCUACAGCUAAUGGGAAUCCGGAGGAACAGUUUAUCGUGAAGGACCGCUGCACAUCCUACACGAGCGCCCAACGUAGCCUGAUCGUUAUGCAAAUCCUGAUGCGAACGCGUUUCGACGAAACGGAAAAGGUAAACAACGUGGGCAUCCGCCGGCUACUGAACGACGGUACCUAUCUCGCCUGUUUCCCACUGCAUGAGGGACGCUACGACAAGGAUCAUUCAUCCGGAGCUCUAUUUGAUCGUCGGCUACUGUAUCUGGAGUGGGCACGCCCGAUCAAAUGGUACAAGAAACAGCCCCUUUGCUUAGUGCGGAAAUAUUUUGGAGACAAAAUUGCACUAUACUUCUGCUGGCUGGGGUUCUACACCAAAAUGCUCUACGCACCAGCAAUAGUUGGGCUUUUCUGUUUCCUGUAUGGGCUGGCGUCUAUGGACUCGAGCGAUAACAUACCGACGAAAGAAAUCUGCGACGAGAAUGGGCCUGGAAAAACGAUAUUGUGCCCGUUGUGUGAUCGGGCCUGUAGCUAUCAACAGCUCCAUGAGUCGUGUUUCUUUGCCCAACUCACUUAUCUGUUUGACAAUCCGUCCACCGUGUUCUUUGCGAUCUUCAUGUCCUUUUGGGCGACCACCUUUCUGGAGCUGUGGAAACGAAAGCAAUCGGUCUUGGUGUGGGAAUGGGACCUGCAGAACAUCGAAAACGAAGAAGACAUGCGACCGGAGUUCGAAACGACCGUUAAAACCUUUCGCAUCAAUCCGGUCACCCGUGAGAAGGAACCUUACAUGCCAACGUGGACCAGAGCGGUACGUUUCGUAGCGACAUCUAGUGCUGUCUUGUUCAUGAUUUCUGUCGUCCUUGGUGCUGUUCUGGGAACAAUCAUCUACAGAAUUUCACUCGUUUCGGUCAUCUACAGCGGAGGAGGAUCGUUUUUCCGUACACAUGCCAAACUAUUUACUACCAUGACUGCGGCUCUUAUCAAUCUUAUCAUCAUCAUGCUGCUCACUCGGAUUUAUCACAAGCUGGCCCUCUAUCUAACAAACAUGGAAAAUCCUCGCACCCAGACAGAAUACGAAGAUUCAUACACGGUGAAAAUAUUCGUAUUUGAGUUUAUGAACUUUUACAGCUCGCUCAUCUAUAUAGCGUUCUUCAAGGGCCGUUUCUACGACUAUCCCGGCGAUGAUGUGGCAAGGAAGAGUGAAUUCCUUCGUCUGAAAGGCGAUAUAUGCGAUCCAGCUGGAUGUCUCAGUGAACUUUGUAUUCAACUUGCCAUCAUCAUGGUGGGCAAGCAGUGUUGGAACAACUUCAUGGAAUAUUUUUUCCCUGCCUUUUACAAUUGGUGGCGUCAGCGGAAACACAAACAGCUUACGAAGGACGAAACACAUUUGCAUAUGGCAUGGGAGCAAGACUAUCAUUUGCAGGACCCUGGAAAGUUGGCGUUGUUUGACGAGUAUUUAGAAAUGAUCGUUCAAUACGGAUUUGUAACGCUGUUUGUAGCUGCAUUUCCGUUGGCACCUUUAUUUGCACUGCUAAACAAUAUUGCAGAAAUUAGGCUAGACGCAUAUAAAAUGGUAACGCAAUCUCGAAGACCACUAGCCGAACGCGUUGAAGACAUUGGUGCUUGGUAUGGUAUACUGAAAAUAAUAACCUAUACCGCUGUUGUGUCAAACGCCUUCGUUAUUGCUUACACUAGUGACUUUAUUCCGCGCAUGGUUUAUAAGUACGUUUACUCACCACAAUUCUCAUUGCACGGAUACAUUGAGCACUCACUUUCGACUUUCAACACCUCUGACUACAAAGAAGAAUGGGGCACUAAGACGGAAUCGGAUCCGGACACCUGCCAGUAUCGGGGGUACCGCAACGGACCGGACGCUGAUGAGCAGUACGGCUUAAGUCCACACUAUUGGCAUGUGUUUGCGGCGCGUUUGGCGUUUGUCGUUAUAUUUGAGCACAUUGUGUUCGUGUUGACCGGUAUCAUGCAAUUCAUCAUACCCGAUAUUCCGAUCGAAGUUAAAACGCAGAUGCAACGCGAACAGCUUCUAGCGAAGGAAGCCAAAUAUCAGCACGGGUUGAAGAAAUCGCGAGAAACGGACUAUGAAGAAAUUCUGCACACUCUCCGCGAACAGAGCAACAACAGCAGGCAAGGAAUGCGCGGCAGCUGGGCACGUCGUCUAAGUAGGCUUAGCGAUGGACUCGAUGCGCAUGUAGAAGUUCCUAACCGACCAAGGCACUCUUUAGAAUCCACUGUUUGGGAGGUUACCUAGCAUUAGCUACUGGUGCUGAAAAUUUCAAGGAUGCACACUGACGC